AUGGCGGAAAAUCUUUUGCAAUCCAUAAAAGGAAAGAGGCCGGAAGAAAUUGGGAGGGAGUACAUCGAUAUUCUGAUUUCAAGAUCCUUGUUUCAGAAGUCAAGGGAGGGUGAUCAAUGUGUGGCUAUGCACAACCUUGUGCAUGACAUGGCAAGGUUUGUGUCUGCUGAAUUUUCCUUAAUGUUAGAUGGCAGCGAUUCUCAGAGGCUUGUGAGCAGGACUCGUUAUUUGGCAUGUACUAACAGGGGUAUCAAUGCUCAUGAUAGUUUUAUGCAGUUUCAACAACUAGUCUCAUCAGAAAAUAUUGUUCUCCGUACAUUCCUAUCGUUAAAAGAACCCACAAGAGAUUUAUCAAAGAACAAAUUGGUAUUGCCGAAAACAUCAGCUGUGAAAGUCUUAAGAGUACUCUCUCUAGCGUGCUAUCAAAUUACGAGUUUGGAUAGUUCACUUGCAAAUUUGAUAUCGAUAAGGUACUUGAAUUUAUCUGGGAAUGGAUUUAAGGAAAUACCAGAUAACACAAUUACUAGUCUACCAUAUUUGCAGACUCUGUUGCUAGCAGAUUGUAGUCGACUCAUCCGAUUGCCAAAGGACAUUGUAAGUUUGACUCACUUGCAAAUCUCGAUAUUCAUGGAACACCAAUAA